AUGGAGCAUUCUCAAGAUAUUUCCACUAACUCUGUACAGUUGAAAAAAGAAAUCUCGCUUCUACAUGGAGUUAGUUUGGUCAUCGGAAAUACUAUUGGUGCUGGAAUAUUUGUGUCACCAAAAGGAGUUCUAAUGUACAGCGGUUCUUAUGGAUUGUCCUUGAUCAUCUGGGUUUUGGGGGGAAUGUUCUCUGUGGUUGGAGCUCUAUGCUAUGCCGAGUUGGGGACGACAAUUACAAAAUCAGGAGCAAGCUAUAUUUAUAUAAAAGAGACAUUUGGUGGAUUUCUGGCAUUCUUAAACCUGUGGACUAACAUGUUAAUAAUCUAUCCAGCCAGUCAAGCUAUUCUCGCUGUGACAUUUGCCCAGUAUAUGAUUGAGUCUAUUUUCCCUACCUGUUCUCUACCUCAAUCUGCAGUAUUCCUCCUUUCAGUAGUUUGUGUCGCAUUAUUAACAGUAGUGAACUGUGCAAGAGUCAAAUGGGGAGCCAUUCUCCAAGUGCUGGCAACAUUUGCCAAAGUUUUAGCUCUGGUCAUCAUCAUCAUUGCAGGAAUUGUCAGAUUGUGUCAGGGUAAUACCAUUAAUCUGGAAAGAUCGUUUGAAGGCUCUAACACCAAUAUAGGGUCAUUAACUAUGGCCUUCUAUUCUGCUUUGUAUUCCUUUUCUGGGUGGGAUAGCAUCAAUUAUGUGACUGAAGAAAUGAAAAAUCCAAAGAGAAACCUACCAUUAUCUAUGGUCAUAUCUAUGCCACUGGUGACAGUCAUCUAUGUCAUGACAAACAUUGCAUACUACACGGAGUUGGAUCUGAACACCAUCAUGGACAGUAGUGCAGUAGCCGUGACUUUUGCUGAAAGAGUUCUUGGAUAUGUAAAGUGGUUCAUCCCAAUAUCAGUGGCCAUGUCAUGUUGCGGUGGAUUAAACUCAGUGGUCAUUUCAUCGUCUAGACUGUUUUUUGUAGCUUCCAGAGAAGGUCAACUACCUGAUUUCCUGUGUAUGAUCCACAUCAAUAGAUAUACUCCAAUUCCUGCCUUACUUUUCAAUGGAUUGAUGGCUCUCGUGUUCCUUUGUGUGAAGGAUGUGUUUCAGCUCAUUGACUACUUCAGCUUUACCUACUGGUUAUUUAUUGGCCUGUCAGUAGUUGGUCAAAUUUAUUUAAGGGUGAAAAGACCAGAUCUGCCAAGACCUGUGAAGCUGAGCUUGUUUUUCCCAGUGCUGUACUGCAUUUGCAGUGUCUGUCUGGUAGUGGUUCCCCUCUACAGUGAUCCCAUUGAUUCACUGGUUGGAAUUGCCGUUGUUCUUUCGGGGGCUCCAGUAUACUAUCUCUGUCUUCAUCUUCCUAAAGAAAAAAAGCCAGCUUUUAUAAAGAAAUUCUUAGGUGUCAUUUCCCUGUACACACAGAAGCUGUGCAUGUGCUGUCCAGCCGAAUCAUCAGAUGAAGAGGAGGAAAAGUGGAAAUAA